AUGGCAAAAUGGGCGAUUGAAUUGGGCGCAUUCAACAUCACCUUCCGAACUAAGGGUCCGUUGAAAGGACAGGUAAUAGCGGAUUUCUUAGUUGAAAUUCCGGAAGAUAAAGAGACGGAAGAAGUCGAAAAAGCUCAAGAAAAGCCGUGGUCCCUGUAUACCGAUGGAGCUUCUAGUGCCGAAGGAGCAGGGGCAGGUUUAAUCCUCGCCGAUCCGGAGGGCACAGAUAUGACAUACGCGCUCCGAUUAGAAUUCAAGAGCUCCAAUAAUGAAGCCGAGUACGAGGCUUUACUAGCAGGUCUACGAUUGGCGGUAAAGGUCGGUGCAAGAAACGUCGUAGCCCAUGUAGACUCGCUGCUCGUAGCGAAUCAGGUGAACGGAGAGUACGAAGCAAGGGAAGCUAACAUGAUCGAGUAUCUUGAACAGGUAAGGCAAAUUAUGGCGUUGUUUAAUUCUUGUAAAGUGGAGCACGUCACUCGUAGCAAAAACAAGAAGGCCGAUGCACUGAGCAAAUUAGCAUCCGUGUCGUUUAGUCACCUAGCCAAAGAAGUAAGAGUAGAGGUAUUGACUGCACCAUCGAUUUCUGCUCCUCAAGUUAUGCAAGUAGAAGCUCCGACACAGACAUGGAUGACGCCCCUAAUUAACUACUUGGUACACGAUGUUUUGCCAGUCGAUAAGGCCGAAGCAAGGAAAAUCCAGAUCAAUUCUCUCCAGUAUCAGAUGCAGGAAGGAGGCUUAUACCGAAAGACCUUUCUCGGACCGCUGCUAAAGUGUCUGGACCCGGAGCAAGCUAGUUAUAUCAUCAGGGAAAUACACUACGGCAUCUGUGGUAUCCAUGCCGGACCUAAGAUGAUUGUGACGAAAGUCAAAAACGCAGGGUAUUACUGGCCCGGGAUGCAUGAAAGCGCCGUAAAAGAGCUCCAACAGUGUGACGAGUGCCAAAAGCACGCACCAAUCAGCCUCCGAGCCAAGAAUGAAAUGAUACCGGUUACUACUGCAUGGCCCUUCCAAAAGUGGGGCGUCGAUAUCGUCGGGCCUUUUCCAAGAUCAAGUGGAAGCGCUCAAUACCUGCUAGUCGUGGUGGAUUAUUUCACCAAGUGGGUGGAAGCUCGACCGUUUACAGUCAUCUCCGGCUACAACGUGACACGUUUCUUCUGGGAACAAACAGUAUGCCGAUUCGGUCUUCCACUCUACAUCAUAAGUGACAAUGCAAAGCAGUUUGCAGAGAACCCAUUCAAACGCUGGUGUGAAAAUCUGGAAAUUAACCAAGUUUUUUCCUCGGUUGCUCACCCUCAGGGUAACGGGCAUGUUGAAUAG